CAUCCAGCCGGACUGAUCCGUCUCACAGCGGACACCCAUCAGAGUCAGUCACCGGACGAGCCGCGCCCUCCUCUUUAUUUCUCUGCCCUGCCACAAGUUUGUUUGUCUCCGGUUUGUCAGGAUGAGCGUCGCGGUGGCGGACGGCUGUUUUCUAUCCGCUCUGCAGCCCAACUCAGCCUUCACGACUUACGUGGUUCCCUCGGACUGUUCGUCUCAGGACCCGGGCGCUAGAGCCAGGAGGGUCCGGGAGCAGGUCCGGUUACGCAUGGCUGAGAAGAAGUCCUCCUCUCUCCCCAGACUGGACGACUCUCUGAUCGGAUCAACAGACUACAGCCUUCCAGAGCCAAGGAGCUUCACCCACACCCAUGGUUUCAGUUCCAGGUCCAUGAUACACACACCCAGCCGCGUCGUAGCUAUGCCGACGGUACCCCUUCAGUCGUCUGGUUAUUCCUCUCACUCUGCCGUGGAAACUACUUCCAGGGUGAGGAGUAAAGCUAGUGUGGUCCAGAACAGCUUCCACACCUCCCAGUCACAAACAAGAAGACGCACUAAGUCAGUGGGUCAGGCAGACGGGGAUCCAUUUGCUGUCACUGUGCCGGUUCCUCCAGAGAGAUCCUUCAUCCCAGUCACUGUGCCUCCUUCCGGCACCCUGAGGCACACCCUCAGCGGGACGCUGGCCCAGGACAGAGGCUACUGGCAGCAUGAGGAGGAGCAGCCACAUCAGUACACCUACAAAGGCCCCUCUCACCGCACCAUCAGCCGUAUAAUCAACCGACAGCAGCACUACCAACAGCAGGGUUCUUCCUUGGGUCAGGAGGGCUGGGUGGGGACAGGUAGGGGGGUCCCCAUGGCAGGGGACGGCUGGGGGACACAGUGGCAGCAGCAUGUGUCCAGGGCCAACCAUUCCAUCGGAACCAUCGGAACGGGGCAGUACCAGUACCAGGCCCCCAUUCACCGGGCUUCCUCACUGCGCAGUGUGAAGAGUGUUGGUAAAGGGGUGGAUGUCAUGGAUGGAGCAUCGAUUCACAGCAACGACCCACUGGAAGAGAUGCAUGCUCUGGAUAUGCCUACAGCUGUGAGAUAUCUGUCUGAGCCAGAUACCGCCUUGCAAGUUUUGGGAGCUGCAUACAUACAACACCAGUGUUACCAUAGCAACCAAGCCAAAAACCAGGUCCGUACUCUGCAUGGCAUUCCAGCUCUGGUUCAGCUUUUCUCCAGUGAUAACCAAGCAGUACAGCGUUACGCCACUGGCGCCACGAGAAAUCUCAUCUACGAAAACGCAGACAACAAGGCGGUGCUGGUAGAUGCUGGAGGAGUGGCGCGUCUGGUCAGCAUCCUGGGCGAACCUGACGAAGAGCUUCGGAAGACCAUCACAGGUGUCCUGUGGAAUCUGUCCUCCAGAGACAACCUGAAGGAGAAGUUGUCCAAAGAAGCUUUAUCAGAGCUGACAGAGAAAGUGCUGAUUCCUCUGUGCAGGAGCAUCCCACUAAGCCCAUCUGAGAGAGACAUCUUCAACAACACCACCGGCUGUCUCAGGAACUUGAGCUCAGUGAAUGAAAGGACGAGGCAGAAGAUGAGAGAUAUGAAAGGCCUGGUGGACUCUCUGGUGUGCUACAUUCAACAAGAGGAGACAGCAGAUGACAAGGGUUUGGAGAAUUCAUUGUGCGUGAUGAGGAAUCUAUCUUACCAGCUGUACACUGAGCUGCCCACCUCGGUCCAAAUCCGUCUGGAGGGCCGAACAAGAGCCUCUGCCCCCAAAGACAGCGAGGCCAUCGGCUGCUUUACUAUGUACAACAGAAAGGAUACUGAUCGUAACCAGAAUCUGUCCAUACUGUCUGAGGUGUCCCGACAGCCUAACGGGUCUGAGUGGCUGUGGCACCCUAAGGUGGUGGGGCUGUACAAGCUUGUUCUGCAGCAGAGCGACGGCAGCACCACCACCCGCGAGGCUGCCAUAGGAGCCCUGCAAAAUAUCACUGCAGGAGAGGGCAGGUGGGCAUCAGUGUUGAGUGGCGUGGUGGUCGACCAGGAGAGGAUGCUGCCCAUCUUGCUGGAUCUGUUAGACACUGACAGUGACAUGGAGCUGAAGCCUCUGACCGGCCUGCUGAGAAAUCUGGCCAGACACUGCUCCAACAAAGACUACAUGGCUAAGAACAUGGUGAAUGUUCUGGUGUCCAAACUGCCCAGUGAUGGCCUUCAGAAAUCACCCUCCACUGAAGUGGUGGUCAACAUCUGCGGAGCCCUCAAUCACCUGGUCACCUGCAGUUCCUUGGCAGCCCGUGACAUCUCAUACUUAAAUGGCAUAUCGAAACUGGUGGGCAUCAAGACAUCCCAUGAUAACAGCAGUGGGAGUUUAAAAGCUGCCAGAGCGGCCUCAACUGUCCUCUGCAACAUGUUCCAGUACAACAAACUGCACAGAGACUACAAACAGAAAGGAUUUUGCAGAAGAGACUUCACGGAUCUUACCAUCUAGGCUGCAGCGUGUCGCAUGAUUCAGUGUGAGCUUUGGAUAUCAGGAUCAAGGCUGAUGUGAGAAAAAGAUGACCAGAGGGGAUUAAAUGAGCAGAUUAUCAAACUGUGAUGGACCUAUGGUAAAGGAGCCAAUUCAACAAUGAUCUGUUUGUUCCCUGGUUGUGUUUAACUUGGCUUAGCUUGUAGCAGAUAGGCUGUGAUGACGGGAACUUAACAGUAUCCACACAGAGUGGACUUCACCCUUAAAACUACAUGUCAUAUGCAUGUGUGUGUUAGGGUCUGGCUGAUAAGGGUUUUUCUGACACUGACACUGAUUCCAAUUACAUUGGACAAUUUCCACAUUGUGAGGUCAGUUACACGGUGUAUCAAAGUUAAAGCCCUGCAACAAAAUGCUGCAGGAUUACAGACCAAGUGACAUGGUUGGUAUAUUAAUACAACAAUAACAUAUUACUAGCAGGUCUGCCCCCUCAGCACUUCAUAAUAUCACAACUAUACUUCAGAGUUAAUCCUGUGUUUAAAAACAACAACAACUAAUACAUCAGCACUUAAAGGUCCAGUGUGACACAUUGAGGAGGGUCUAUUGGCAGAAAUGGAAUAAAUAUUAAUUCUGUUUCCAUUAGUGUAUAAUUCAUUAAUGUAGAGUUGUUGUGUUUUUGUUACUUUAGAAGUUGAUUUAGCUUUUUAUAUCACUUGAGUCCAUUAUGUUGCACUGCCAUAUUAGCCCAGAACAGACUAAUUAAACACUGACUCUAGAGAGGUUUACAAAAUUUCACAGCCACUGUAGUUUCUCCUCCACUCCUGGAAGAAGAAAGUGAGGCGAGCAUUAUUCAAUUAGUUGCAAUCUGCAACCUCACCACUACUAGGCACAAAGUCCUGCACACUGGACCUCUCCAUGCAGUGGAGAAACGUAGGAGAUGUGUAUGCAUGGAAAUAAAGAGCUGUAUACUCUUUUCUGUCAGGUGCAAAUAGCUCUUACAGUCCACAGUCAUGAUGAUCAACACAAGUCCAUUCGGAGCGCUGAGAGAAUGCCGGGUGUUUAACAAACACCAAACAUGAUAUAUAUGCAUACUAAUGCUUAUAGCCUUAAUUAAGUGCAACUGACUAACUGAAGACGCGUGCUGUUCUGUUUUUUUGAAGAUAUUUUUGUGUGUAGUAAUAAAACUGCAUCAACAGUUA